AUGUCCACCGCGUCGACAGAGAAGUAUGACAAAAAUGAGGGCGUCACUGUCAUGACGAGGGCAGAAAGCCGCAACCACGGGAACUACUUCGGCGAGCCUCUCAGCCCUGAGCCUCGUCCUGCUGCACCGCCCGCACCUGUAGCACCGGUGCACCAGAUCGGCAACCCAACGCCCUUGGGGAUGCUAGCCUACGGCACUGUCUUCCUGUGCUCAUCACUGUUGACCCUUGGUGCGGGCGGCGUGACGACCCCGAACCUUGUCUUGCUCUUCGCCACGUUCUAUGGCGGUAUUUCACAGACGUUGGUCGGGAUGUGGGAGUUGUACCUUGGGACGGUCUUCGCGACUUACGGAGGCUUCAAUUUCUCUUAUGGCGCACUCUACCUUCCCCAGAUCGGAAUUGCGGACGCAUACUCCGUGAAUGGGGUGGUCACGGAGGAGUUCACACACGCCAUCGGAAUCUACUUGGCGAUUUGCCCUCAUCACUGGUCUGUUCUGCUAAGGCACGAUGGUAGCAUUGGUGCCCUUCGCACGACUGCACCAAUCAUCUGGACGCUGGGUAUGACCGUCAUCUCCUUGGGCUGCUUGUCCGCCAACUGCUUCCACCCCAACCCUCACGUCAACACGGCGGGCGGUGCAUUCGGUCUCGCGGCCACCGCCGGCGCAUACUACGGCGCGCUGUCGGGCUUCUACUCUCGCGAGUCGACGUUCGAGGUCAUCCGCUUGCCGCCCGUGGUGGUAGCAUACAGCGACCCGCGGAGCGCAUGA